AUGACCGACAGUCUCGCGGACAAGCUCCAGGCGACAAGCUUGAAUGAUGACGAGUGGAAGAAGAACUUGAACAUUCCCACGAAAGACAACAGACAACAGACCGAGGAUGUCACCAACACCAAGGGCAUGGAGUUUGAGGACUUCGGACUCAAGCGAUCCUUACUGAUGGGCAUUUUCGAAGCUGGUUUCGAGAAGCCCUCGCCCAUCCAAGAAGAAAGCAUUCCAGUUGCGCUCACCGGGCGUGAUAUUCUUGCGCGCGCCAAGAACGGAACCGGCAAAACAGCUGCCUUCGUCAUCCCCGCUCUCCAAAAGAUCAACCCCAAAAUCAACAAGAUCCAGUGUCUUAUCCUGGUCCCGACCAGAGAACUCGCCAUGCAGACAUCCCAGGUUUGCAAGACGCUUGGAAAGCACCUCGGCAUCAACGUCAUGGUUACCACUGGUGGCACAGGCCUCCGCGAUGACAUUGUCCGUCUCCAGGACCCCGUCCAUAUUGUGGUCGGCACCCCGGGCAGAAUCCUCGAUUUGGCUGGAAAGCAGGUGGCGGAUUUGAGUGAAUGCCCCAUGUUCAUCAUGGACGAAGCUGACAAGCUUCUCUCGGCCGAGUUCACCCCCGUCAUCGAACAACUUCUCCAGUUCCACCCCAAGGAUCGCCAGGUCAUGCUGUUCUCAGCCACCUUCCCUAUUUCGGUCAAGGAUUUUUCUGAUAAGAACAUGAAAGAACCUUACGAGAUCAACCUCAUGGACGAGCUCACUCUGCGCGGUAUCACCCAGUACUACGCCUACGUCGAGGAGAAGCAAAAAGUGCACUGCCUGAACACCCUCUUUUCAAAGCUGCAGAUCAACCAGUCCAUUAUUUUCUGCAACUCGACCAACCGUGUCGAGCUUUUGGCCAAGAAGAUCACCGAGUUGGGCUACUCGUGUUUCUACAGUCACGCCAAGAUGCAGCAGCACGCUCGCAACCGUGUCUUCCACGACUUUAGGAACGGUGUUUGCCGCAACCUCGUCUGCUCGGAUCUUCUCACGCGUGGUAUCGACAUUCAGGCUGUCAAUGUGGUGAUCAACUUUGACUUCCCAAAGAAUGCCGAGACAUAUCUUCAUCGUAUCGGUCGCUCGGGCCGUUACGGCCAUCUUGGUUUGGCCAUCAACCUGAUCAACUGGGAUGACAGGUUCAACCUCUACAACAUUGAACGUGACUUGGGCACUGAAAUCCAGCCCAUUCCUGCCACCAUUGACAAGAGUCUCUACGUCUACGAGAAUCCCGAGUCGAUUCCUCGGCCCAUUUCCAACUUCAGGCCUGCUGGUAACCAGCAGCAGGGUCAACAGCAGCAGCCAGUGAACCCACCAACUCACCAGGCUCAACCCGCUGGUCCCCGCCCGGGAGGUGCUUCGGGAAACUGGCAGGGACGGGCUCCCCAGCAGAUUGAAGGCAAUCAGGCGUCAAACAGCUUCCAGCAGUUCCCGGACCAAGGCGGCCGGGCAACCAACACUGGUUUUGCGCCCCGCGGAGGGUACCAGUCCCGUGGAAACCCCGGCGGUCACCGGGGCAAUGGCCGAGGCCGCGGUGGGUUCCAGCAAACCCAGCCUUCUCGCUAUCCGACCCGCGGCGGUCGUGGUGGUCAGGGGCAAACCCCUAUUCAGCAGCCCCCUUCUGGGCCCAACUAAGGUGCUGAAACUCUUUCCUCUACGUGACGCAGGUGGGACACCAUGAGCAUGGCGUUACGUGUUUCUUCUGUUUAUUUUCCUUUUGGCAUUGUACAUAUUUUCUGCGCCUCUGGUCCGUCAACUCCCAACGGCCCCGGCGGCUUCAACCGUCGACCCUACCUUUCGCGACUGAUUUCUUCGAGGACACCUGCAUCUGCACCAGCACUCUCACACAGCAACAGCGCCCAGGCUACCAAGCAUUUUUAUGGCGCCUCAUCACACGAUCUCGAGCAAGAUCGGCUGUAUCAUACAUCACAACAACUAAUUUCUCUUCUUGCCCUCGGGCUUAAUCUCGAACAUCUUUCGUCGUCAUCGCGUUACAGUCAGCUUCUUCCUUGACGACUGGAAAUUCGCAGCGAGCGUCAGGGUUAGCACGCGGGUGGUUUGAAGUCUUGUAACAUUGUAUUGCGAUGUACUCGUUCAUUUUUUUGGCUGUUUUUCCCGCUCAGGUCCUCGCGUUAUUCGGCCUUUUCAUCACGUUUGCAGAGGCCCAGCCCCUGUUUUCGACUGGGACACAAUUUCUUCUUCAAGGAUAGGACGAGUUGGGCCAAGAUGCCCCUGGGGAAUGCAAUUUUUCCUUCACAAAAGUAUCAAAUGGCACGCGCAUGGACUUUGCAUGGUUGGUUGGAGCCCUCGAGGAGACGGUUGGGCUGGGAAGAAGGUGGUAUGAGCCUGGGUAAUGGGUUUUCCGGCGAGAUGGUUCAUAUACAACGGCGUUUGGGUCAUUUCACGGGUCUGGCUUAACUGGGAAUCGGCGUAUAUGGGAACUGGAGGUUCGGGCUGUUGGCGUUUGCCUGGUUGGGGAAAAGGCAUGGAGUUGUACCCAUAUUUUCCCUCGUGCUCCUGGAGGCAUUCGACGAUUUCCUUGUUGUCAUUUUUUUUCCGGCUGGGCUUGGAGGGAAUGAGUGUAUGCGGCUGCGUUUUCGGCGUUGGCUCGGUGCUGGGGUCACGGUGGUAUUCCGCAUAGAGUCGACUUGCGCUCACGGCGGUGGUGGGAUGGUGUUCUCACACGCCCAUCAAGGACAACGGACUGUUUACAGGCUCACGAUAGUCUGGGGGAUCAUGUUGAGUCCCAGCAGAUUUGGAAUUGGAAGCGAACAGGUCGGCAGCGCUCGGAUUUGCAACGGCCAUCUUAGCCCUUGUCCGGCGGACUGGCUGGUUGUAUUUUCACAGCGACUCUGGCAUAUCUUUGGUGUUUGGCAGAGACUCUAUCUCUUGUCAAAGCAAUUUUGGAACAAGUCAUCACCUCUCUUCGGCGAUCUUCUCGGUAUCUGGGAGGAUCAUGAUCAGCCAUCGACAACAAAUACGAUUGAGGAGGGUUUGGAGGACUUGACAAAAAACAACACAGAAAACAGGAAAAGAUAUUUUUUUUGGGGAGCUCUGGGAGGAUUUGAUGGGUUUUCUGACUGAGCGGGUUUUUUUUUCGAAAGAUUUAAGCUUGGGCUUGGUGAACCGGUUGAGGCCUCUUGGGA